AUAUGUUUUCACUUUUAGAACAGAAAAGUUCCAUUUGAACAAUUUAACAAGCAGUAGUUGAUCUUGGAUAAAUGUGCCUUAAAACAAAAGCAAAGUUGCAAAAAUGUCAUCAGUUAUGUAAAUCCUUGCUUUAAUAUUCAUUGAACCCUACCCCCAACCUUUAUUUACCUCUCUGAGAUGUAAAAACGUAUUAAUCUUCUAUUUUUGAAACUGAUCCCAAGGCAUUUGUAAAGUUUUAUGGUAAUUUGUCGGAAUUUUAACUCUGACCAUUCCCUUCCUGUUUCCUUAUUUGCAUUUGGGAUUACGCUUAAUUUUUCUGCAGCACAAUCCCAGUCCCUGUUCGCAGCUUUAUCGUAUCAGGAUGAACCCUACGCUCCUGAACCAGACAAAUGCCUGUUCACCGGCCUCCUCGAUGGAAUGAUAGAUGUACCCAGCUACAUAUUCUUUAUUCUUCAUCGUGGGUUUUCCAGCCAACCUCUUGUCCCUGUACGUAGCCUGGAGACUGACGAUGAACGGGAACAUUAUGUCGGUUUACCUCAUCAGCCUGUGUAUAUCUGACCUGCUCUACACUGUCACUCUGCCUGUUUGGACUGAAAUGGCCCUGAAGAGGAGCGUAGCAGACUGUCCCUGCGGUGUGGUGUAUUUUCUCAUGUACAACAGCUUUUACGUUGGCUCUGGACUCCUUUGCUGCAUCUCUGUGGAUCGCUAUCUGGCAAUUGUCUACCUGCUCCACUUUCACUGGGUCAGUAAGAUGAGCACAGCUGUAUUUGUAAGCACUGCUGUUUGGAUUUUGGAGCUCCUGCUGCAUGUUCUCCUCCUCCACCACAUGGGGGCGCUGAAAUCCUUCACAUGCUUGUGUCACCGGCACAUCCCAAUGCCACAAGCAGACGCUAGCGUCUCUUUAGUUCGAGUCGUCCUAAGUUUCCUGGUGCCUGUCAUGUCUGUUUGCUAUCAGCUGAUCAUGCACUCACUGCAGCAGAGCUCCUCCAUUCUGGCAGAAGAGCGCAGGAAAGUGAGACUCCUGUUGUUGUUCCUCCUCCUGACCUACAUGGUGACCUUUUGCCCUAUCAGACUGUGA